CUAUACUAAUUCUAUCCGUCCAUCCAUCCAUUAUAUAUACAUAUAAAAAGGGUUUGAAAAGUUUUCAUAUUUGGUGAGUUGUAGAAUUCUCAAUGAGAAGUCAAACUUGUGUCCAUGGAGAGGAAAACUUGGAGUUCUUCUAGUUAUCUCUACAUAUUUCUCUCUUAUACUUUUAAGGCCGAGAUAAUUGACCAAACACCAAAAGUGAACAAAUAAGCCCUAAUAAUCAGCCCAUAAUCAUUAAAAGCCCUCUCUAUAAAACCCCUAAAAACUCUUACCAUUUUAUUCACAACUACAAACUUCCUUUCUAAAACUUUAGAUUCAAAACAACACCACCAACAACAACAACAAAAACAUCGAUAUGGGUUCGAUUUCCAUUUCGGAACAACAGCCCCAUGCGGUUUGCAUUCCUUAUCCAGCACAAGGCCAUAUCAACCCCAUGUUGAAGCUAGCAAAGCUUCUUCAUUCCUUUGGUUUCCACAUCACCUUCGUCAACACAGAUUUCAACCACCGCCGUCUCCUUAAAUCUCGAGGCCCCAAAGCUCUCGAUGGUCUUUCGUCGUUUCGAUUCGAGUCGAUCCCUGACGGUCUUCCUCCGACUGACGUCGAUGCCACUCAGGAUAUUCCGUCGUUGUGUCAGUCGACGAGACAGUUCUGCUUGCAACCGUUUAAGGAGCUAGUCUCUAAGCUGAACUGUGAUCCUAAUGUUCCACAAGUGAGUUGUAUUGUGUCUGAUGGGGUUAUGAGCUUCACAAUUGAUGCAGCAGACGAACUUGGAGUUCCUGUUGUUUUGUUUUGGACAACCAGUGCUUGUGGGUUCUUGGGUUACCUUCACUAUCAACAACUUGUUGAGAGAGGUUACACCCCUUUCAAAGAUGAAAGCUAUUUAAGCAACAAGCAAUAUUUGGACACAAAAAUAGAUUGGAUUCCAGGAAUGAAAGACGUUCGUAUAAGGGAUAUUCCAACAUUUAUUAGAACAACAGAUCCAAAAGAUGUAAUGGUUGAUUUCAUAUUAGGUGAAACAAAAAGAGCAAAAAGAGCAAAUGCUAUUGUUUUAAACACAGUCGAUUCAUUAGAACAAGAAGCUUUAAAUGCUAUGUCUUCUCUUUUGCCACCUCCUGUUUUCUCCAUUGGUCCUCUUCAACUUCUCCUCAAACAAGUUGCAUCCCAUGAUUCGGAUUCUUUGAAGUCCCUCGGUUCCAACUUGUGGAAAGAAGACACAUCUUGCCUUCAAUGGCUUGACCAAAUGUCAGCUAACUCUGUCGUUUACGUCAACUUCGGAAGCAUCACAGUAAUGACCAAAGAUCAGCUAAAGGAAUUCGCCUGGGGACUCGCAAACAGCGGCCAAACAUUUUUAUGGAUCAUUAGGCCGGAUCUCGUCGCCGGAGACACCGCGGUGCUACCACCGGAGUUCAUCGACAUGACCAAAGAACGAGGGAUGUUAACCAACUGGUGUCCUCAAGAAGAGGUUCUACAACAUCCGGCAAUCGGCGGAUUUUUGACCCACAACGGAUGGAAUUCCACCUUCGAAAGCAUAGUGGCCGGAGUUCCAAUGAUUUGUUGGCCGUUCUUCGCGGAACAGCAAACAAAUUGCCGGUAUUGUUGCACAGAAUGGGGAAUCGGAAUGGAAAUUGAUAGCGAUGUUAAGAGAGAAGAAAUUGAGAAGCAAGUGAGGGAGUUAAUGGAAGGAGAUAAAGGAAAAGAGAUGAGAAAGAGAGCUCAAGAAUGGAAGAAAUUGAUGUCCGAUGCGGCGGAGCCUCACUCCGGUUCCUCUUUCCGGAAUCUCAAUCACUUGGUCCAUAAAGUGCUUCUUCAAUCUCCUUAAACCAAAUUUCUUUAUUUGUUUGUUACGUCAACAUCAUAUAACUAUAAGUUAGAUAAAGCAUUAUGUAUUUUUCUCUUCUUAUAUAUGUUUAUGAGAUAUUCAUUAGCAACUUGGAAUAAUAAACUCAUUUCUUAUAUCA